GACAAAAUAUUAGAAAAUAUUCUAAAAUAUAAACUUGCAAAGUCAGCAACAUAUAGAUAUCUGGUGUAAAUCAGCAGAGGACAAGUAUCACCUCCUAACUUGACACAAUAUAAACUUGCAAACUCGUGCAUGUACGCCACGUGACAUGUGGAUCAUUGCUGGCUCUUUCUACUUUCUCCAUCUAUUUUUAUCUCUGCCCCUCACCUUUUAUAUAUACGUCAACCAAUUGGAUAAUAUAUAUACUUGUUUUCACUACAAGUUUAUGCACAUGAAGUGAAAAUUAGGUGCAUAUAUAGAAAGCAUCGAGAAGAUAUCAUAUCAGAGUGAGUAAGCUUAGAAUCAAAUAAUAUCAAAAUGGCUGUGGAGAUGGAGAAGGAAUCAAUGAUAACUGAGGCUCAUAAUGCACCUGUUACUGCUGAGAGAAGGGUUAGAAGUGACUUGGAAACUACUCUUCCUAAGCCAUACAUGCCUAGAGCAUUGAUAGCUCCUGAUGCAAGUCACCCAAAUGGAACACCAGGCCACAAGCACCACAACUUGACUGUUCUUCAACAGCAUUGUGCUUUUUUUGAUCAAGAUGGUAAUGGUAUCAUUUACCCUUGGGAAACUUACAUGGGGUUUCGUGCACUUGGAUUUAAUGUGAUUGUAUCAGUUAUUAUGGCUAUUGGCAUCAAUCUUGCAAUGAGUUAUCCUACUCAGCCUCACUGGUUUCCAUCACUCUUGUUUCCUAUCUACAUACACAACAUGCACAGAGCAAAACAUGGGAGUGAUUCUGGAGUUUAUGACACAGAAGGACGUUAUGUACCAGCAAAUCUUGAGAACAUAUUUAGCAAAUAUGCUAAAACAGUACCUGACAAGCUGACAUUUGGAGAGAUAUGGAGCAUGACUGAGGGAAAUAGAAAUGCAUUGGAUCCAUUUGGAUGGGCUGCUGGUAAAUUGGAAUGGGGUGUUCUGUAUGUUAUUGCUAGGGAUGAAGAUGGAUUUGUGUCUAAAGAAGCUGUAAGAAGAUGCUAUGAUGGGAGCUUAUUUGAAUAUUGUGCUAAAAUGAAUGCUGCUAAUAAAGAAGAGGCCAAGAUGGGUUGAACUCAA